UGAGAGCGAUGACAUCUGUGGAUACUAGCUUUGCUGCUCAAGUGAAAUAAACGCAUGGCUGUCAUUUUCUGAGACAAAAUGUCUAUAACGACUUGCCAGAAGGUUACUCUUAUAUCAUGCUCUGUUCUCUGCAUUUCUCUCUUCCUGCCCAGAAUGCUUUUACCCCGAGGGAAAAAGGAGAUGGGGCAGCCUGAGGUUGGACCUGGGUUCUACCCUCCUGUGAUGCAUCAACUGUCAGUACCAGCGGACCCCGACCAGUGGGGUGUCGACACUUCGUAUUCGCUGACACACAGUGUUGAAGUAAAAGUAAAAGGCAUCGGACGAGGCAAAAAGCACAACCUGAUGGCUCAAGUGAUACCAAUAUAUGGCUUUGGGAUCCUCCUUUACAUCCUUUAUAUAAUCUAUAAGUUGACAUGCAAGAGGAAGACUAAUAAAUCAGGAAGCUACACUACAGUAACCAGGACAAACAUGGAGAGUAUGACUACUACUGAUUAUGAGCUUGUCAGGCUCCAGGAGAGACUGCUACGAACAGAAAGGAUGAUGGACAGGAUUGUCUCUGGGAAGAGUUAUUGUUCUGGGAGUGGCAGAAGGAGGAAGAGUAAAGCCACAACAUCAAAGAAGGAGGAGAAACUGCUUAGGCAACUGAGACAGAUUACACAGCUGAUGCAAGAGGGUCGGUUGGAGGGAGCUUCCCCAGAGAUGGAGGCUGAGGAGGUUCCCUACAGUGCAGACUGGGAAGGCUACCCAGAGGAGACCUACCCAGAGUAUGAUGAUUCCUGUGAAAGACGUGCAUUUGAGGAGUUUAUACUGGAGGAAUGCACCAACCAGCCCACUGCUGAGGCCCUGGCAGAGAGAAUGGAGCAAGAGGAGGAGGAGAUUAUGGCAAGGAAACUAUCUGUAGUGGAAGAGGAAGAUGAAGAUGAAGAAGAAGAAGAGGAGGACAGGGAGGAAGAGGUAAAAGAUGAGGAUGAAGAGGAAGAAGUGGCAGAAACGGAGGAAGACAUGGAGGAAACGGAGGAAGACGUGGAGGAGGAGGAGGAAGAGGAGGAGCAAGAAGCAGAGAAAAGACAGUUACUGCUUACUUCAUCACCCCGACCGGCUGUCGGAGGAAAGCAGGUCAGAAUUGGACUGGAGGUGAGCAAAGAGCUUCAGUGUCAGAGUGGAGGAAAGAAGCAAAUAAGCUUCAGUGAGCACAAAGAUGUCUUCCGCUAUCCUAAAGAGGAUGCUUAUGAGGAGGAGGAGGAAGAGGAGGAGGAAGAGGAAGAGGAGAAGGAAGAUGAGGUGCAGGAAGAGGACGAGGGGACAGAAGUGGAGGAAGAGGAGGAAGCUGAUGAAGAUGAUCCAGUGAUGGAGGCAGAAAGCCUGCAGUUCAGCUGCGAAGGCGGCUCAAACCCAGAGGAGGAAUCAGAGGAGGAUAAAGAAGAGUAUUUGUUGGUGUCAGCUCCUGUGGAGGGUGAUGGUCGUAUCCGUGCAGAGACGCCUAAAGAUGUCGGGGUGAGCGGGCUGAGGAUGAGGAACAGGAGAGAGACGUAAAGGACUUUUUCCUGUGUCGACAAUGAGUCUUUAAACAUACAGUGGACUCAAUGUUCCUGAAUUCACACUGUGUUUAUAUUUAUCCUUUAUAUGGUUAAACUGUAGAACCCAUAAUAAAGAGGGACGCUCAGCGCUGUUCUUAAGUAAAAAAGUAAAAGGUCACCUUUAAAGCUGAGGUAGGCAAGCAUUUGGAAAACAGCAAAAAGCAAAAAAAACAAUCCAAAAUGUAAAAAUAUACCGCCGUCCUGCUUUACUCUAAUCCCUAUCCAACAGAUGACCACUUGACAACCACCAACACUCGUUUGUGGCUUCAUGCAGUAUUUGACCCCCUUUGAGAGUCCUUCAGCUAACCUAUUCCACCACCAUAUCCUGCUCUAACUACUGACUCCAUUGCUUUAUGUGCUAUUUUACACACUCUGGAGGAAAAGAGCUGUGAUUGGCUAAAGUCUCCCGUUGCUGGUUAGAUUUGCUACAGCAUGAAAACAGAGCCAAAAGUAGGUGCAUGACUCCAGUUUCCUCUCUGACCAAGUUAAUCGCAAAAUACUGAAAGGUUAGUAUGGGUUCUUUGGCUAAUCAUGACAAAAAAUGCGGCCUACCUCAGUUUUAACACCAUGAAUAUAACAACAGCUUCUAAUACCUGCAACACUGCAGCUACACUGAACAUGUAACAUAUGCAAGAUGUUUCCCUUAAGUGGUUACACCUGCAGCACACAUACGCUGUAUGUACGCAAGUCUGUGGCAAAAAAAAAAAUAUGGAAACUCUCUUUUUGUUAUUUGUUUCUUUUGGUUCUGUACCCAACUACAAUGCUGUGAAACUUUAAGUGUGUUAAUUAGGUUCUGUGAUCUGGAUAAGUUCAAUUCCACAGACUAUAGAGGAUUCUAUUAGGAAUACAGUGAAUAAGCAACUGUUGGCUGAUAGCUACUGGUAAAUAAAUGCAGACGAGGCGAUCAGGUCUCCUAAAUCCCUGUUUCAUAAAAAGUAGCUUUUUCCACUAAAUGAAAAACACAUAUUGACUCUUUAUGACUCAUUUCUGUGUAAAAGGGCUGAACACACCGUGCAAAUAAUAUGAAAUUAAUUCUAUUUUUAUGUUGCAGCUACUCAAAUGCACCACUUACAUGCUGCUCAGACCCAGUGGUCCCAUUUUUGUUGAUAUUAGUGUACAUUAAUGACGUGCCAUCGGUUCUGCAUAUGUUAAGAGUUCAGUGUAGCCACAGGAUAAUGCUUUUUCCCCUACUUCACCCUGGAAAUACACCAGACCAAGAGCAUUUAAUCAGUGAAAAUUUUCAUUAAACAAGGUCCUCAUGUGCCUCUUUUCUUGUCAGUUUUGUCAAAUGCAUCACACUGUGACAUAGUCAGAAUUUUAAAGGCACUGUACACCUAAGGUUCAGCCACACUAGUGUUUUAUUUACCUGAUCAGGCCUCUUUUCAGGUCAGUGGAAGAGAAUAAGUGCAAUCACUUCGAUCAAUUAUGAACAACUGUGUGGGUGUAAAGUGCAUUUAACUUACCGAACUGAAGAUCAUUAUGUAGCUAGUGGCUGCUCAUCAGAUUGUUUCGAACAAGGAUGGCUUUAAUGGCUCCAGCUGGCCUUUUUUUUAAAAAAUAUGUCAGUCAUUUCACAGAACUUAUGAGUGCUCACAGCAGACGACAGGAAACAAAACCAAAAUUUUAUUACAAAUGAAAAUCCUGAAGUAAAUAAGGAGUGUGGAAAGCCUCACUAUGACAUGCACAUUUGGCUCCCCCUGGUGACUCAGUGUGGUUCUACGCCUGCAGAUGCUUGCUGUAGUAAUUGUGGUGAUGUGGCGCAACAGUGUCGAAUGGACAGCAACACGACAAAUAAAAUCCAGGUAGCACUGCAAAUAAACCCCAGCAAGAAUUAUCAUAGAAAUAGGAACCUUUGAGCCUGCACCCAGUGUAGAGGCGGUGCUGGUGGUGGAAAAGGCCUUCUUAAGUGGGCAUGAAGGGUAAAUGUGAGCAUGAAGAUUUAUAAAUACAAAUCAGAGUGGUAAAAUGUUGCUUCUAAUGUGUGUGGUGAGAAAACCCUCAGCUGCUACAGCACAGUAUAUCUUCGAUACCAACCAAAAUUAAGUCAUUAGCUGCUUGGUGUGUCGCUGCCUCUGGAGAUUGAUGCAAUUGAGUUACACCUUAUUAAACGCUGCACAGUAAUCUGUCUUCUGACCUGGAUUUAUUCUAACUGCAUUGGAGCACUAGGCAGCCACAGCUGGAGGUUCAGGGACUAACUUCAGUUGAGAGUGGUCUGCCUUGCUCAAAGGCAAGCAGAUUCAAUAAGACUGAAAAACAGCAAAAGAUGGCAGAAAGUACAAAGUCUGGUUCUUACGCUAGACUGGAAGAUGUUUCAUAAUUGUCACAGUCAACAUUGAGCAAAAACUCCCUAAAAGUAGCUUUCUAAACCAGCAAGCACAUACAAUUUCUAUAAUGGCAUCUUUUGUUGUUUGUUUUUUUUUGCCAGGCAUUUUAGAUUUUAGCAGCUUUUGUUCUCAGUAACCUCAAUAAACCUCAGUGGUUUUGCAGCAAACAUCAAACACAGUCCUAGUAACAACUACUAGCAACAACAAUGGCUGCAAUCCAUUCACAGACUGCAGUUUGAGAGCGCUGGCUUUGUUAGUGGUGCCUCAGUGGCACAUGUAAACAGGCAAAUUCAUAAAUCAGUUAAUAUUACUAGAUACACCAGAUCUUCUUUUCACCCUCUGUACUCUCCACUAAAAUACUAUGUGUAAGAAAUAUCUACUUUAAUUACUUUUCAGGUCAUUUGAAACAUACUAUUACUAUUCUAAAUCAUCUACUUUGCCAAAAUCAUAUAUCAUACUGAAAGUGUGGACAUAACAUUUUACAUUUAGAGUUACUAGUGUUACUGCACAACAUCGUCUUUUUUGAACAUGACCGAUUUCUUGCAUUUGCAUCAGUCUGUUGGUGUAAAAUACUAAAAAAUAUACAUCUGACUGACACCUUUCUGGUUGCGACUCACAAAGUAAAUUAUACGAACAUUUUUUGUUUUGUAAAUCUGUAGAUGAUCAAGGACACACAUAUCCAUCUUAUUCUCAGUCUCAGGAUAAAAAGAAAAACAUACUGAUGAUAUAACUGUAAAAUCAAGCAACAACCCUCAUUGCCAGUGUUCUCUCUGAUCACACAAAAAUGCAAAGCAGAAAACGAGAUCAUCCAAAGAGAAAAACAGAAAAAGAGGCAAAGCCGCUAGAAACCAUGCACAAUGCAGAUAGUCACCACAGGAUUUCACAUCCGUCUGUUUCCAAUCCAUGACUCUCAGCAAUGUUGGAACUGUUUUGUGUUGCAAGUGCCAGAGCAGCACUUAACAAUGGAUCGGCUUUGCAUAUCACACUGCCACUCGUACAGAAUUAACUAAUAGGCCACACUCUAUGCAUGCAGUUUCUCCAAAGCACUGUAUCUAACAGUCAUGCAACCUUUUUUGUUCAUGUUGUAAAAAGUAUGAGACAGCAUUGCUGCUCAGUCUCAAAUAAAGUAUUUCUGUAUUCAUUUUA